AUGUCUACAUCCAAUACCAGUGCCGAGGCAGACCAAUGGCACAAUGUAACCGUACGCAUACCGUUUGCCUCACCAAAACACGCCUCUGUAGCGAAACAAGCCAUCGAAGUUGAUUCUGAAUUACAACCUCAAGCCGUCAAACGCUCGUUAUCAGUAGAGCAUGACGAACUCGUUGCGACGUUUUCCUGCCUGACAAUCCGCUUGGCACGCUUGACUGUGAACUCGUUCUUGGAAAAUGUGGAGCUUGUUAUACGGACUUUGGGAGAGUUUGGUCAGGAUGCGGAGGAUAAGCUUCGUGAUGAUGCUUAG